UUUCGGAGUUUGUUCACUGUGCGCUCGGUUGACUUCGGCGCCAUGUCCAAAUCAGAAUGAAUUUGAUUCAGUUGUAAUCAACUGGAAAAUGGGAAUAUUGUCGACGCUGCCGAGUAGGGGAUGUCUCUCUCACAAGUUUACUCUCUCUCGGGUCAUGGAAACUGACCUUAAAAGAAUGCGUGGUGAGUCAUAAAUUAAAAUAGACGUAACCCUUCGUUCUAAAACGGUUCCAUUGGGAGACAAUACAGAAGAAACAAGACGUUGGUCCCAGCGAGAACACGGUGCGAAGCAAGGGGAACUUCUUGAAGUCACGUUCAUGAACCCAAAAACUGACCCAUAAGUGAGCUGAGGGUGUUGGGGUUGAAGUCUCUCUACUGCGAAUGAUGUCGUCCAAGCGAGCCACACCUCCGUUUCUCCUGGCGACAGAGGAAGAGGAAGCGAUAGGUCAGGACAGUAUGGGCUGGGCCAAUGAGGACAGAGAAAGCCAUGACCAGCCAGUUACGCCCCCUCUGCACGGCAAACCCCUCCCAGAGGAGCACCAGCCAAUCAGAGACAGCCAGCCUGAGUCGGACUGGGAGAGUAUAGGCCCUACUCAGACAGACAAUGCUAGUAGCAAGGGCUGUUCCUUGAACUCCUACCGGAAUAACUCUAUAUCUCCACCAAAGCCUGAGGAGUGUUCCCAGGAUUGCGGCGAGCUGCUAGGCGGAUCCGCCUUCAGAACACCGGAACGCCGUAAAGGAAGCCUGGCCGACGUGGUGGACACACUGAAACAGAAGAAACUAGUAGAGCUAACAAAGACAGAACAGGAUGAGUCUACCUGUGCGGAGACACUUCUGUCCAGGGACUGGAAAGACAGGAGGGACAGACUGAAUGCCAGCGAGCUCCUAGGAGAGGUCAAAGGUACCCCAGAGAGUUUGGAGGAGAAGGAGCGUCAGCUUUCGACCAUGAUUGGCCAGCUCAUCAGCCUGCGGGAGCAGCUCCUGGCGGCCCACGACGAGCAGAAGAAGAUGGCCGUCUCACAGAUGGAGAAGCAGAGGCAGCAAAUGGAGCUGGCCCGUCAGCAGCAGGACCAGAUUACGACGCAGCAGCAGCAGCUCCUGCAGCAACAGCAUAAGAUCAACGUUCUCCAGCAGCAGAUCCAGGUGCAGGGUCACAUGCCUCCUCUGAUGAUCCCAGUGUUUCCUCACGACCAGCGAUCUAUGGCGGCCGCUGCCGCACAGCAGGGCUUCCUCUUCCCACCGAACAUGUCCUACAAGCCAGGUGAUAACUACCCCAUGCAGUUCAUUCCAUCCACAAUGGCAGCUGCAGCCGCUUCAGGACUGAGCCCACUCCAUCAGCAGCUGUAUGCUGCCCAGCUGGCCAGCAUGCAGAUCUCGCCCGGAGCCAAAAUGGCCUCCCUGCCGCAGCCUCAAAACUCCUCAGGCCCCCUCUCGCCCUCUGCCUUGAAGAGUAAGAAGAGAGCAUCGAGUCCUGUCACUCACAUUAAGGAGGAAGGAUCGACACAGCCCCUGAAUCUCUCAGCUCGACCCAAGACUGGCGAGCCCCACCACUCCCCAUCCUCGCCGUCACACAGCCUGUACCCUGGCAACAAGAGCAGGCCCAUCAGCAUGGGGAAGAGGCGCAUCCCCAGCCCCCUCUCCAACGUGGGCAGGGGCUCACUGGACAUCCUGUCUAGCCUGAACCCCACGCCACUGUUUGGGGACCAGGAUGCGGUGAUGAGCGCCAUCCAGGAGGCGAGGAAGAUGAGGGAGCAGAUCCAGAGAGAACAGCUUCAUCACCAGCAGCAAAGCCUGGAGGCCAAGCUCACGGCCCUGAGCGGCAUGAGUUUCAGCAAUGGCAGCAAGGAGCGGAUGCACUUUGAGAGUUUGAGUCAGCACCUGGGCAACCUGGGAGAGGAUGGAAAGACGGGCCACAGGGUCAUUGACCUCACCAGACAUGAGGAUGCUCAUGGUGUCUCCUGCACUACAGAGGCCCGGGUCUUCAGAGAGACCAGGGGCAGGAACAGUACUGAGCCCCACAUUAAGAGACCCAUGAAUGCUUUCAUGGUGUGGGCCAAGGACGAGAGGAGGAAGAUCCUGCAGACCUUCCCCGACAUGCACAAUUCCAACAUCAGCAAGAUCCUGGGCUCUCGCUGGAAGUCCAUGACCAACCAGGAGAAGCAGCCAUACUACGAGGAACAGGCCCAUCUCAGUAAGAUCCACCUGGAGAAGUACCCCAACUACAAGUACAAGCCCCGGCCCAAGAGGACCUGCAUCAUUGACGGCAAGAAGCUACGCAUUGGCGAGUACAAGCAGAUGAUGCGCUCGCGGCGUCAGGAGAUGAGGCAGUUCUUCAGUGUGGGGCCACAGCCUCAGAUCCCCAUCAGCAACAGUGCCGGCGGCCUCUACCCGGCUGCCAUCGCCAUAGCGACAGCCACGCCCUCACCGCACCUGACGUCGGACUGCUCCAGCGCCUCGGCCAGCCCCGAGCCCGCCAUCCCCGCCACCCAGAGCACGUUCGGCGUGGUCAAGCCCAAGCCGGUCGCCAUGGUGACCGGCGAUCACCCGGUCAUCGGAGAGGACGAGAUAGACAUGUAUGAAGACUUUGAGGACAAAUCGGACUACAGCAGUGGCCAUGAGGCACGGGAGCCUGUCGGCGCCAACUGAGCAUGCUCAGAAGAACCUCUGAUCUUUUUUGGAACUUUUUUUUUUAAAGCGGGACAAUAUGACAGAGACAGAGUUCUGAGCAGAACAACUUUUCAACAGUACGACGGGAGCUGAGCAUGUGCUCGAAGCAGCUCCGUCCUGGAUACGAUGCACCACAGACUGAGCAUGCUCAGAUUGACUCUCGACAGGAAGUGACAUAAACUAAACAUGCUCAGAUCUCACAGAGCACGUUGCUCAACAAAUACCUUUUUAGACGAGAGUGCUUCUUUUUAGCAUGCGCAAACGUCUCGGAAACGAUCCCAUACAGAGGGAUUGGGCAAAGACAACCUCCAGACAACCUCCAGACAAUCUACCAGAAAGACAGUGAACAUACUCACACGGCAAUUACAAUGCAACAUGGACAAGAGCAAGUAAGAGUCAGUAAGAGGUCGAUGAGAAGAGAAUGAGAUAGCCUACACAUUUCCCGCGUGUGUAUUUUUUUUAUAGGAGCAUGCAUGGAUUUGACUAAAACAUCAGGAAUUGGUCUUCGACAGCGGUCAGUCUUAAAUGUUUAUUUUAAGUGUGAUGACGUUUUUUUUGUUGUGUUUUUAAAUUUGAUUUCCAUGGACAUGUUCCUUGAUAGGUUAGUUGCCUGUAAAACCUUGGAUUGUCAGGACUUGAAAAUGUGAAAAGUAAUGUAAAAUCCUCUUGUAGUUUGACAUGAUUAUUUCUCAUGAGUACAGUACCCCUACACCAAUAUGUUACAUUACUGUUUAUGAUGGGGUUUUAUAUCCUUGCUCAGGUAUGCUGUGCCAGCUUGUGAAUGUGUUUUUGAUUUCAUAUGAGAGAAUGGUAGGACUUUUCAGACUGACAACGAAACAGGGAAGAAAAAAAUCCCUUUUAUUAUUAUUAAUAUUAUUAUAAUAUUUGUUUUAAUUUUUAGAUAUUGUACAGUUUUUCUUGAAAUGUGCCAAACCUACAUUCACAUCCCUCUAAAAUAUUCUAGUCUUAAUGUUGAUGCUGCAAAAUGUCUUAGAUUUUUUUUUUAUUGCUGAUGUGCCCAUAUUAGGAAGAAUCCCCCCCCCACACCUCGGACCAUGGCCCAGCGCUCUAGGACACCUUGUGGUGCGCUACAGGGUCAUGUUGAUUAGGUACCAAAUGAAAGACAACCGACAUUCGAAACGUUUUCCUUUGCACAACCCAGUAAACAACCCCUCACUCAUCGCCAAACGCCUCAGGAUUCCUCAGGAUACUGAUAUCUGUCAUCUCUGGCACCACCUCUGGCAAUGACACAGACCAGUAGAGAGAUUCAUCGUAGAGAGUAUCAAUCUGGGGAUGUUUAGCCCCAAGUACCUUCCCCUCUCUUUUCUUAGCCCACAUCUUCUACGGGAUGUCAAAGGGGUCGUUCAUGAUUUUACAACGAAGGUUUGUAUUGGCUGUUUAUAGAAAACCUUAACCAUGUUUUACAUGUUUACUCUGGCCCAUAGAACGUCCACUUUAAUUCACCCAUAAUGCAUAGAGGCCAAAAAUGAUCAAAUGAGUUGUUUUGGUACACUGUUACAGUACAUUGACUUUCAGCUCUAGUGGCUUUUUAGGUUUGCCUUUUUUUUUUCCUGGCUCAAGUUUGUGUGUAGAGUUUGUGAGUAUAACAUGUGUUAUACAGACUCAGCAAAUGUUGUUAAUGACACAGUAAAUCUUAAUAGGCACAAUAAGUCUUAAAGUUAGACUCUUAGUUCUAUGGUCAUUCCGAAUGACAGGAAAACGCAGAGGAGCGGUCCAGACAGUCAUUUCGAUAGUAGGGACACCAUAUAUUUAGGGGUUUAAAAUGUACAUUUUCUUUACUGCGUUAUACCGAGGUACAGAAGAUCAGAUUGUGUUUCUGUGAAUUGAUCAGUUUACAAUUAUGUUGACGUCAGAGGUGGUUAUCAAAAUACAGACCAAUGUUUUUUAGUCAAAUUGGUACGUUGUCAAAAAAACUAAACCGUGGGUCAAUAUAACCUCGAGCAUUUCAAAAGGUACAUGUGUAUUUUGAAACUGAUAUUUAAAGUCAAUUUAAAACGUACCCAUAAAAGUCCUAUUUUCAUAAUCCUCCACUUUGCAAAUAUGUCUACUUUUACAAGCUCUAUUUUAGGGUUUGUGUUACUCUGUUUGCUGGUUGAUUUGUAUGUGAUUUGUAACUCUUUAUGACCAUGUCGAACGACAUUUUUGCAGGUUGGUAGAUGACAAAAAUACAUGUUUAUUUUUUUUGGGGGGACUGAAGUUUGAUCGAACUUGCAUUACCACAAAAAGGAGAGUUAUACCGCUUGCCUCGUGCGUAGACAUUGUUCCCAGGGUUCUAAGCAUCACACGCUCUGGAUAUGAAUGUUCUCUUCUCAGCCUAAUGUGAAGUUGUCGUUAAAAAAAAAAACGACAAAAUUCUGACAAACGAAAAAAGUCACCUGUUUUGACUUGAGAGGAAAAACUCACAUUUCCAGUUUAGUAGCAUUUAAAAAAAAAUAUUUAUGCAGAAGUCAUUGUUUUAACUCCAGUGCUGCCUGAGGUGCUUUGCCCUUUUGACACAAGUCCAAAGGUCACUCAGACCACCGGUCUGUUUCGACCUACAGAAGCAGACGUCAUUUUUUAACAUUUCAUUGUAUUUAUUAGCUGGUGUAAAAGUGUCAGUACAACUUUGUGAGAAAGACAAUCAGAGAAAGAAAUAAAGACAGAUUUCCUUACAAAUUCA